AUGAAAUCCUUAAUAUCAUUACUCUUUCUAAGUCUUGUGACAUCCAUCAUUUAUGCCAGUCCGACGAAAUUCGACUUGAUUAAUGGGAAUUCUCUAGAGAAGGUAUUGUUAAAACAGAAAUCAUCAGCACAACCGGUGCCAUCACCACCGAUUCCUCCAAAAGAUGUCCAUAGUGAUUAUGGACCACCGCCAAAAUGGACACAAUUGGAGAGAGCCGCCCCGUAUUUAAUGUUGGCAAGUGCUUGUCAAAGUGCAGCUUCUUCUCUUAAUUUCUCUAAAUCAAAUUCUGGAAAAGGUAAUACUUCUGGAAGAAAGAACGUAUAUCAGAGUUCUCUUAGUAAUAAUGGCUAUAAUUCCACCAACAAUAGCACGAGACAUCCUGGAUUAAAUAAUUCUAGCGCAGCAACUAAUGGGUCUGAUAGUGGACAUGGCAUUACCAAUCUCAGUUGUGGUUAUGCUCCAUAUUCUGGUACUCUUGCGAUCUGUUUACAUCGAAUGGCCAGCAGUUAUGAGGAAAUUGAAAAAGCCAUGCCAUCGGUUGCAAAAUUCUGUCCAAACAUGACCCUUGAUCAACUAUCCCAGAUUUAUGACAAUGCCAGCAAAUAUGCCAUUUAUGAAUUCCAAAUACCAAAUAAUCAAAGUGUGGCAUUACCGGUGAUUAUCAGCUCAGAAACUUAUCAAAUGAAUUAUAAGAAAGUUUCCGCGGUCCCCAUAAAUCUCGAUCGAUCUACCAUAUAUGGGUUGGGGAUUCUUUAUUAUUGGUUUGGGGUGAUGAUUCUUUCAACAAUUAUGAGAUUCUUGUCUGCUACUGGGGUAAUCAACUAUUUCAGUGGACCGAUAUCUAAAAAACUCCAAAGCUCCUUGUUUCUCCCAGGUUUGUUUUUUGAGAACCAUUUCCAGAUCACCAAAUUCUUUGGAAUCAUUCAUGCAUAUGUCCCCACCAGAGCCGAAAGUGGGGUGAUUGCUGGUUAUAUCAUCUUGUACAUUGUCUUCAUGUCAAUUCACUGGGGAGGGUCUACAGCUGUAUUGACCAAGCUCAUUGCGGACAGGACCGGGGUCAUUGCCACGGCCCAUUUGCCAUUAAUUUUCCUCUUUGCAGGAAGAAACAACAUCUUGAUGCUCCUCACUGGCUUCAAUUAUUCCACAUUCAUCCAUUUCCAUAAAUGGACCGGGAGAAUGAUGUUCUUGAAUGCUUUAAUUCAUGGGGUUUCUUAUACCAAGAUAUACCUUGAUCGGGGGACUUAUUCUAGGACCAUCAAACAAGAAUACUUCAUUUGGGGGAUUGUCGCCACCACUAGUGCUGGAGUUAUCAUGUUCCAAUCAUACAAUUGGUUCAGAAGGCACUUGUACGAAUUUUUCUUGUAUACACAUAUCAUGCUCGCGGUGGUGUUCUUGGUUGGUGCUUUCCGUCACAUUUACACUUUUGGAUGGAUGGAAUUUGUGGUUACUGCAGUAGCUGUUUGGGCAUUUGAUAGAAUCGUUAGAAUUGUCAGGAUACUAAAUUUCGGAGUCAAAAGAGCCACCAUUAAAGUGGUUUCCGAAGAUACCUUCAGGCUCACUGUCAAGAGACCUGAUGCCUCAAGAUGGGCUGCUAGCCCUGGACAAUAUGCUUUUGUUUAUUUUUUCACCCCAAAGACUUUUGGUCAAUCCCAUCCAUUUACCGUCAACGAUUCCACUAUCAAAGAUGGAGAAAUUAAUCUCUAUAUCAAAUGCAAAAAGGGGGCCACCAAAGCCAUCUAUGAUAUGAUUUCCCAAAAGCCUGAACAGAUCGAUGAAUCUAUUUUGGUGGGGAUAGAAGGCCCAUAUGGUGCAUCUGCUCCUAAUUACCAUUAUGAUAAUAUCACUUUGAUUGCUGGUGGUAAUGGUAUUCCUGGGAUCUUUGACCAUGCGCUUAAGAUCUCAAGAAGAUAUCCAAAUGGUCAGAAGAACAUUAGAAUGGUGUGGGUUGCUAGGGAUUUGGCAUCCAUUAGUUGGUUUCUUCCAGAACUAUUGCUAUUGAAGCAGGAACCAUCGGUUCAAGUGUCGCUUUAUCUAACGAGGGAAAACCCGCAGAAAGUUGUUGCUGGUCAACAAUUAGCUCACGUUGGUGAUUCUGACUCCGAUGAGAAGAGUAUUGAUAAACCAGAAAAGUUACUGACGAUUGUUAUUGGUUCUGAGGAAUGCUUUUUGGCGGCCCAAUUGGUGGGGCUCGAUGUGGUUUGUGGUAGACCAGAUAUUCAAAAAUUGGUGUGCGAUUGGCUCACUAACGAUGCUGGGUCGAUUUCUAUCACUGCUUGUGCAUCAAAUGCAUUGUGCGAUUCCUUGAGAAAGAACAUUGCGAUGUACGUUGAAGAUCAUGAUGGAAGAGUGGAUUAUCAUGAAGAAUUGCAAGUUUGGUGA